GUAUAGCACAUCAAUCAAGAGAAAAAAAAUCAUAGUUUGAAGCAGAGAUUUUGUGACGAUUUUCUUUGCCAUUAUUAGCAUGGGUGAGCUCCAUGUUUUGUUCUUCCCCUUCAUGGCUCAAGGCCACAUGAUUCCUACUCUAGAUAUGGCUAAGCUCUUCGCUUCUCGUAGCGUGAAGGCAACCAUAAUCACCACCCCUUUAAACCAGCCCGUUUUCUCCAAAGCCGUAGAUAAGUAUUCGCAGUUGGGAUUGCAAAUUCAGAUCCGUUUGCUCCAAUUCCCGGCCGUCGAGGUUGGCUUGCCGGAAGAUUGCGAGAGCGCCGACAAAAUCCCCUCUAGCGACGCACUCCCCAAGUUCUUCAAGGCCUGCGCUAUGCUCCAAAAACCUCUCGAAGACCUCUUGCAAGAGCUCCGUCCAAAUUGCCUCGUCGCCGAUAUGUUUUUCCCCUGGGCUACAGAGGCGGCGGCCAAGUUUGAUAUCCCAAGAUUGAUCUUUCAUGGUUCCAGCUACUUGGCAAUGUGUGCCACGGAUAGCCUUAGAACUCACAAGCCUUUUAACGAUGUUUCAUCUGAUUUGGAACUUUUUAAUAUUCCCAAUCUUCCUCACGAGCUCAAACUCACCAGAUUGCAAGUUUCUCCUAUGGAACGCAGCGAAAUUGAAACUCCCUUCACAGAAAUCUUGAAACGCCUUACUGAAUCAGAGGAGACAAGCUAUGGGGUAAUCUUCAACAGCUUCUAUGAGUUGGAACCGGAUUAUGCAGAGCAUUACAAGAAUGUUCUGGGAAGAAGAGCAUGGUCAGUUGGGCCACUUUCCCUAUACAACAGGGACGUAGAAGAUAAAGCUCAAAGAGGGAAGAAAUCCGCAAUCGACGAGCACAAAUGCCUGGAAUGGCUGGAUUCCAAGAACCCCCAUUCCGUGGUUUACGUCUGUUUCGGAAGCGUGGCAAAUUUCGCUCCGUCUCAGCUCCACGAAAUGGCAAUGGGGAUCGAGGCUUCGGGGAUGGACUUCGUGUGGGUGAUCAGAAACAAGAGAGAAGAAGACAACGGAUCAGAGAAAUGGAUGCCGGAAGGAUUCGAGGAGAGAACCAAAGGGAAAGGAUUGAUCAUAAGAGGCUGGGCUCCCCAAGUUCUGAUUCUUGACCACGAAGCCGUGGGAGCAUUCGUGACUCAUUGUGGAUGGAACUCUACACUGGAGGGAAUAUGCGGGGGCGUGCCAAUGGUGACCUGGCCGGUUUUCGCGGAGCAGUUCGUGAAUGAAAAACUAAUGACUGAUAUUUUAGGGACCGGAAUCGGAGUUGGGUCGAAAGAGUGGAAGAGAGCAGACAGUGAUGGUGUGAAGAGAGAAGCCAUUGCAGAGGCAAUCAAGAAAGUGAUGAUCGGUGAAGAAUCGGAGGAGAUGAGGAGCAGAGCAAAGGCAAUGAAAGAAAAGGCAAAGAAGGCAAUCGAGGAAGGAGGAUCAUCUUACUUAGGGUUGAGCUCUUUGUUGGAUGAACUCAGAGCUUACCAUGCAAAACAUUGAAGAUUUGAGUACGAGGUCUACAGUUUACCUGUCUGUUUUUCUCAAUUCUUUCUGCAUUUUCUCGACAGCCUUCAACCUAUGAUUCCUAGGAUGGAAGCCUCUCUUUUUGUGAUAUUUUUUUUAAUAUUAAAUUUAAAAAAGGGAAAUUCAGUGUAGUUUUUGAGUUUAGACUUAAUUAAAGAAUCUUUGAGUACAGUAAUGUUUAAAUUAGAAUUUGUAUUGAAUUUUUUUUCAUUUAUAAUUAAUUAAAAUAUUUGAUUCUGAUGA